AACUUGUGUCGAAAUAAAGACCCACCACCCGCACAACAUGUUAUAGAUGAACUUCUUCCUGCACUUAAUUAUUUGAUUAAUAAUAAAGAUAUUAAUAUUCUUGUUGAUACAGUUUGGGCUAUCAGUUAUUUGACAGAUGGAGGAAACGAUCAAAUUCAAAGAGUUAUUGAGAGUGGUAUAGUACCUAAUCUUAUACCGCUAUUGUCACACAAAGAAGUGAAGGUACAAACAGCUGCAUUGCGUGCAAUAGGAAAUAUUGUUACAGGAACUGAUGAACAAACACAAAUAGUUCUUGAUGCUGGUGCAUUAUGUCAUUUUCCAGCUUUACUUUCUCAUUCAAAAGAAAAAAUAUGCAAGGAAGCUGUUUGGUUUCUUUCAAAUGUUACCGCUGGAAAUCAAGUUCAAGUUCAAGCUGUCAUAGACGCUGGUCUAAUACCAAAAAUAAUAACACAUCUAUCGAAGAGUGAAUUCCAAACACAAAAAGAAGCAGCCUGGGCAAUUACUAAUUUAACUAUCAGUGGAAAUAGUCAACAAGUAGAUUGUGUUAUCAGUGCAGGCGUUGUUGCUCCCCUUUGUGCUCUGUUGUCUUGUCAAGAUAGUCAAGUCAUUCAAGUAGUUUUAGACGGCUUA